GAGAGAGAUUUUAUCUGUCCUUCGAACUCGAACGACCCCAAAACAAAAUUGUUCGGGAAGAGCCGGAGAAAACCUCGCCAAACCCUAACCCUAGUGGAGGUGAGGAUGGACGCCAUCCGGAAGCAGCUCGACGUUCUCAUGGGGGCCAAUCGCAACGGUGACGUCAGGGAGGUGAACCGCAAGUACCAUGACCGCGACGUCUGCCGCCUCUUCUUGUCCGGGCUUUGCCCCCACGACCUCUUCCAACUCACGAAAAUGGACAUGGGUCCUUGUCCGAAGAUUCAUUCCUUGCAGCUGAGGAAAGACUAUGAAGAAGCAAAAGCAAAAGGUGAUCACAAUUUUGAUAGAGAACUUGAAGAUAUGAUAGAACGGCUUAUUGUUGAGUGUGAACGAAAAAUUCAAAGAGCCCUCAAGCGUCUUGAAGAUGAGGAUGCUAAGGCUGCUGUGGCAAUAUCUGUAUCCAUGGUCACACAGUCACCUGAAAUUAUGGAACUUUCAAAGCAAAUAAAAGAGAAACUCAAAGAAGCUGAUGCAUUUGAUUUUGAAGGAAAGACUGAUAGUAAAAUACGAGUUCUAGAAGUGGUGGAAGAGCUCAAAGCUCAAAGAGCUGACAAACAGUCAGUUCUUCUUCUUGACGCUUUCAACAAAGAUAGGGCUUCUCUGUCACUUCCUAUUCAGAAUCCUACUCAACUACCAUCCUUGCCUGUUGUCAAUCCUCCAGAUCCUCGGACACAAGAAAUGAUAAAUGAAAAACUUAAGAAAGCAGAGGAUCUUGGUGAGAGGGGAAUGAUAGAUGAAGCUCAAAAAGCUCUAGAAGAAGCAGAAGCUCUGAAAAAGCUGGGUGCUCGACAAGAGCCAGUCCUAGAAUCCUCAAAGUAUAGUGCUGCUGACGUUCGAAUUACUGAUCAGAAAUUGCGUGUUUGUGACAUUUGUGGAGCAUUCUUGAGUGUCUAUGACAAUGAUCGUCGUUUAGCGGAUCAUUUUGGAGGAAAACUUCACCUUGGAUAUAUGCAAAUCCGUGAAAAGCUAGCAGAACUCCAGGUGAUGGUAUAAUGUUUGACAUUCUGCAAUAAAGAGUUUCGCUUAUUUUUGGCAUCUGUGAGUUUCCUUAUCUCAGUUGAAAGAUCACCAUGUAGUUUUGUUGAGUUUGUGCUUCACUUGUUUAAUUGGCUAGUAGACUGAUUUGGGAGGGGACCAUUGAAGUAGCGAAGGGUGGUCAUAUAUGGAAUCAAGAUUACUUAUGGUGGUACCCUCAUGAACAACUGCUAUUCCUAAGUCAAAAGCUGUAAGCUGAUGAAUAGUAUCAUAAAGCAUAUUAAAAUUGGUAGCAAACAAUUGUGUUAUUUUUGUUUCAUGUCCUUCAUUUGUUCUUCAACGAUUUAAUUUUAAUUUUAGGUUUGAUACUAGUAACUAAUAAAUUAACAACUUUUGUUAGGUUAAUUAUGAUCAUUCUAACAAUACAGCAUUUCUAGUAUUUAUUUGAAGCACCUAUUUUGUGCAUUGAAAAAUCUUUUUGGAAUUUUCAUUUUUGAAUGGCAUUUUUUAUUUUUAGAAUAUCAAAGUCUGCUAGGAAAGGUAAGAAAUCAUUUUGUAUGUCAUAUUAUGAAUAUGUUGAAAACUCAUAGUUGUGCUGGGAAUAUUUUCUGUGAAGCAACAAAUGGCUAGAUUUACUUGGACAAUUGUUAAUAAUGGCAAUCUAACAGCAUUCUCAAGAUCAACAAACUAGUUUCUUGACGAACUCAUCAUCUGGUGUUCUUAUAUUCUCUCUUAAAGAACCAGUUGCCUGUUAGAUCUGUUUUCAUUUGAAUGACUGGGUUUGAGAUCUAUUUUGCAAGCAGUUUUAGAAGGUGAUUAUUUUGUCUUUGCCACAUGAAGAUUGUGAAAUGUGCCCUUUAAAUUGUAAUUGGAAAUAUUUUGUAGGCCUAGAUAUUCUUCACCGCCUUUCUUUUCUUUAUCCAUUUUUUUUUUGUUUUCCAUGAUUUUUUCCCGAAGUUCCUAUUACAGUAUCUCAGUGUAGCACAUUAAGUUAUCAGUUGAAAAAUUGGUCAUGCUGUUGCACAUUAUUUUUAUCUUCAUUUGGUUUUCCCUAGACAGAAGUAGUUUACUAGUCUUGUCCAACAUUUUGUUUUUUGGAAUAAAUUGUUCAUGAAAAGAGGUCGCACCAUAUUUUUUGGGAAUUUAGAUGCACAAUGUUCGAGUGCUCCAGUGCUGCCUCAACCAAGUAGAAGCUCGAGAUUCAGUUUUACUGUAUCAGAAUAUGAUCAAAUGGAGUGAGUUAUAUGUAAAGCUUAAGAGCAUUGAUGCUUCUUAAUGGUGAUUGUCCAUUCGCCCAUUAAUGUAGCCUUUUUCAUAAACACCAUGAGUAAAAAAGGAUACUAUAAUUUCUAAUAAUGUUCUUAUAGAUAUUGUAUAUGCACUCAUAUGCGCUAUGUGCAAUGCCAUUGCUGGUCACCACUUGCCUGUUUCAAAAUCUUGAUUUUAGCUUGUGCAAAAGAGUACCGUGGGCCUUUUACCUGCUCUUUAUUCUCAAUUGUUUUUAACUUAUUAAAGUUUUUUAGUUUGACCUUUCUGGAAAUGAAUCAAAUGUGAAGAUUUUUUUUUUCCAUUUUUAAACCCAUGCUUCUUCACGAUGUAUUUGCCAGGAAGAGAGAAACAGGAAGCGAAAGGUUGAUCGGACUGAAGAU